UACAAAGUAAAUGUCUAGAAUUGAAAAAGCUAAAGAGAUUGGAGGCGGUGGGAAGGUGAAGCUGGAAUUAAUAAUAAUAAUAUUGGUAAACUGAACUUUUUAUUUGUAAUUAUAUAAUUAGCACCUGCAGGACUAGCAACAGCGACAUUUCCACCUACAAAUUCUUUUCUGGAUUCUAUUUCAACACCCAUGGAUCAAUUCACUGACACAGCUCAACUAUUGAAUUUCUCCUUGGCCGAUCUAGGCUUUGGGUCCGAGACAGCGGGUUUGGAGUAUGGUAUCAUUGGUAAUAUGUUACAAAACCCAUUAACCGAUUUACAAACGGCAGCAACAACGACGGCAACUUCGUCAACUGCAACCGCUACGACUAUCAACGGUCAUAGCAUGCCAACAACGUCUACACCAACACUCACAACAACAACGACGACGACGACGACAAGCGGUACGAACCAUGUCGCCUCCGCCGUUGCCGCAGCUGCAGCAGCUGCAGGACAACAACAACAACAACAGCAAACUUUUCCUUAUGCACCAGCACAAUUUUCUACGUUAUUACCAAUGACAUCCUCUCCAUCGCCUACUACUACUACUACCGCAACAAAUAACCACAGCAAUAACCACAACGUUGGUGUUGCUGCUGCUAAUGGUAGCAAUAGCAUGACACCACCGUCCGAGAACAAAGCAUCACCGGGUCCACCUACGAUUAUGAAACGGGACAGUGUAUCAUCCGCCGGCAGCCAGCCUACGACGGGGGCUGCUGGUGGCAGCAGCAGCAACAACAACAACAUCAAGAGAAAACACAGCAAUCACGACAAGACACCAGAAGCUGUGUACAACAAUGUUCGCCGUCCGUUCAACUAUGCAGAAGGAUUCCAUUAUCUCAUCCAAUAUGUCAGAGAAAAAAUGGGUCGUGAGGAUCUGAUGAGAAUCAGUCGAGCGCUGGCGCUGUUCCGUCCAUCCUUCCUGGCACUGAUCAUGAACCUGACGGAAGAGGACCUGGUGUUUAUGGAAAAGUGUCUGCAACGGACAUUGCUGGAAUAUGAAAAGUUAAUUAGUUUCUCAGGAACACCCACGGUGGUGUGGCGACGGACAGGCGAAAUCUGUCUGGUUGGAAAGGAAUUCUCAUUGCUGACGCAGUGGCAGAGGGACUUGCUGCUGCACAAAAAGACGUACAUUUACGAACUGAUGGAUAAUGGAUCGGCCGUGGAGUACUGGGAGAAGUUUGCUACACACGCAUUCGACAAUACGGACAAGGCAUGUACGUUUUCCUGCAUAUUACGGACGCCGACGCACAAGGCGGUGCCCUGUACCUUUUGUUUCACCAUCAAGCGAGACAUAUUUGAUCUUCCGAGUGUCAUUGUAGGAAAUGUGAGUUUCUCUUUACUUAGGCCCUACUAAUACUACCGCUACCUUUCCUCCUUAAAUCUUAUGCCCUGCCCUGCCCUGCCCUGCCCCCCCCCUUGAUCGAACUAUCGUCAUCGGUCAUUUCCUC